AGUCUUUAAGUGUUUAUAAAUAAGAACAUAAACCGCAAUGUCUGAUCAAGAACAACAACCACAAGAGUUUGAACAACAACCAGAGUUCGAACAACAACCAGAAGAGUUUGAACAACCACCACAAGAGUUUGAACAAGCUGAACCGGAAUUUGCCCCAGGUCCAGAAGGUCCAACUGAACCAAAUAAGCUUUUCGUUAGACCAUUAGACUUCAACGUUGACCAAGGUCAAGUUGAAGCACACUUUGGUGCUGUUGGUCCAAUUGUUGAUGUUCAAAUGAUGAGAGGUUUUGCCUUUGUUACUUUUGAAAAUCCUGAAGAUGCUCAACGUGCCGUUGAAACUUUAAACGAAAGUGACCUUAAUGGCCAACCUUUACAAAUUGAGUUUGCUCGUGAAAAGAAGGAAGAUACUAGAGGUAAAUAUAGAGUUAAGGUUACUAAUUUACCAGAUGGUACUGCAUGGCAAGAUUUUAAAGAUUUUGUUAGAGAAAGAACUGAAUAUUCCCCAUCUUUUGCUAAGGUUUUCAGAAACUAUGAUACUGGUGAAGUUAUUGGUGCUUUAGAAUUUUCAUCAGCUGAAGAAUUAGAAAAAUCUAUUCCAUUAUUAGAUGGUGCCGAAUUCCAAGGUGCUGCCAUUGUUGCUGAAGAAGAUACUUCUCCAUUUAUUCCACCACCACCAAGAAGAGGUGGCUUUAGAGGCCGUGGUGGAUUCAGAGGUGGAUUCAGAGGUGAUUUCAGAGGUGGCUUCAGAGGCCGUGGUGAUUUCAGAGGUGGUUUUAGAGGUCGCGGUGGAUUCAGAGGUGAUUUCAGAGGUGGAUUCAGAGGUGGCCGUGGUGAUUUCAGAGGUGGCCGUGGUGGAUUCAGAGGUGACUUCAGAGGUGGCCGUGGUGGAUUCAGAGGUGAUUUCAGAGAUGGUGGUUACAGAGGUGGCCGUGGUUACGACCGUGACUUCCGUGGUGGUAACGAUGGAUAUGAAAGAGAUUCAUAUGUCCGUGACAGAUCCCCAACUCGUUAUUAAACUGACGAAGCCGAUAUAAUAAUCUGAUCCAAGUUUCACUUUUAGAUUCAUAAGUGGUCAAACAUGAAAAAAAUGAAAUAAAAAAAAAAAAAAUUUUUUUUUUUUACCGAAAAGAUGACAAUCAUUUGAUUUUUGUUUCUUGUUGUAUAUCUUAUUGUAUUUGUAUAAUUAUAUUUUUUAAAGUAUUUCGUGGGGAAAGAAUGUGGAACUUACUUUGGAUGUUUGACACCCUCCUCCAAAAUAAAAGAUUGAUAUAUGUAUAUGUGUAUUAUUGUGGACCCAUGUUUUCGUGGAUUCAAGGAACCUGUUUCAGUUAAUGCAUAGAGAAGUAUAAAAAGCAUCCUUGAACAAUGAUUGUCUCGAAGUAUUAAGAAGUAUAUGACUAACGAUUUAAUGAAUUGACCUGAUUGUAUUUGAAUGUUUGAUCCAAUUGCAUUUAUUCUUUGCAAGAAUAAGCACCCCCCCCUUCACUUCUUCCGACUAUUGAAUUAC